AUGUGGUCCUCUACGCAGUCCGCUGUUGCCGUCGUGGCUUCAGUGCUGAGGGUGUUCCAAGUCCACGCCCCCGUCCUGACACCAGACGCCGUCGCACAAAGGACACUGCUUCAAGAUGAUGGAGCCUCCGCUGGACCGCUUGUUCCUCAUACGCGAGGAUGCGUCGUCACCGAGACACUCAUGAUUCAUUCCUUCGGAAACAGUUAUGGCCACCCCUACGUAGGCCCCUACACCCCCCCUCAAUGCGAUUUCAACCGAGUGACGCUCAACCUCACGGUCACCGCCGCUGGCAAGCAGUUUGAUCGGCUGGCUAUAGCCUAUUUCGGUGACAUUGAGAUCUGGCGGACAAGCACGGCGGAACCAACUCCUAAUGGCAUCGUCUGGACCUAUGUCAAAGACGUGUCCUAUCUCCUGUCGCUAUUCACUUGCCCACAAACACUCAUCUUCGAUCUUGGAAAUCUGAUCAACGAAAACUACACCUCUCCAUUCAAUGUAACCUUGCAGGCAACCUUCUUCACCACUGACGACACGGAGAAGCGAGCGGAUCUGAUCAUUCCAGUCGCAGCUGAGAGAAGCACCAGCAACAAAUCCAGUAUCAGGGACGAUCGUCGAGAUAGAGUAUCGAGCACGCUGAUACUGCCGCGGAACAUCGAGCGGGCCGUCGUCACCGUCGCUGCGACCGGUCAGAUGGCCGAAGAGUUCUGGUAUUCCAAUGUGCUCUCUUCGAAUGUGGAUACCUUUGGGACCGAUUCACUCUUGGGAUACUCUCCUUUUCGGGAGAUACAAUUGUUGAUUGAUGGCAAUUUAGCUGGCGUUGUGUGGCCUUUCCCGGUUAUCUUCACCGGCGGCAUCGUCCGCGGCCUUUGGAGGCCGAUCGUGGGUAUCGAUACAUUCGACAUCCGCGAAGAUGAAAUUGACAUCACACCUUGGCUCCCGCUCCUCUGCGACGGCGAAAGCCAUUCCCUAGAACUUCGGGUUGUCGGGAUUGAUGACGACGGCAAUGGUAGUGGGUUAUUAUCUGACUCUGUUGGCAGUUAUUGGGUCCUCGCAGGCAAAAUAUUUGUCUGGUUAGACUCCGUAGGGUCGAUAACGACCGGCAGCUGGCCUCUGUCAGAUGCGUCCGUUUGCACCAUUUCUAUGUCAUCCACAGUCGGCACCACUUCGAAUGGCACAAAUUCCACCCUAUCCUACGAUGUCAACGUGGAUCGCCAACUCUAUAUCUCGUCAGAAGUGCAGACGUCCCAGGGCACCAAAGUUGCAGUCUGGCAGCAAUAUCUGACAUAUUCGAACGAGGGUAAUAUCUCUGACUUUGGAGAUGUCCAGGUCACCAGGCAGAACACAUUUGGCAGGGCUAUAUCAUCAGAAGGCUAUUCUCGUACCUUCAGCUAUCCACUCUUCGUCAACAGCACCCUCGUGCAGGAUAAGAGUGCCGACACCCUUUCCAUCGCCGCUGACCUGAGAAGGGCCCAGGCGAUUGAGAUCAACGGUCGUUCAUUAUUUCCAACCGGUUUGGAGUCCUUUGAAUGGCCCUCUACAGAAGAUGCUCGUGGACUGGGUGAUCGCUCAAGGUUCAAUGGUAGCCGCUUGACUACGAGUCAGAAUGGCAGCGCCGCAUACUUCAGUCACGGUAACACCUCCAUCAGCCCGGGCACGACGCAGCAGGAUUUCUCGCUCUACGGCAUUCAGAGUUCCGCUCUGGGAAGCGGGCCGGCAAGCCUGAUAGAAUUGUAUCACAGGCGCGUUCUCGCCGUCAAUGACACGCUGGUUCGGGACGAAGUGUCUUUUCCAACCCAAGAUGAGAAGGUUGUUUAGAGCCGGAC